AGGACACAGGAAGGUUACUGACCUCUCCCUCAUACCUUUGCCUGAGACCAGAAGAGCAGCUGCUUUCCCAAAGUUGCAGAGACUGUUGCCCAGGAACCUAGUGCAGACCAGACCUGUCACCGUGAUGACAACAGAAUCUUGUAUUCUUUCGUCUGAAGCUAUCCAACAGGAUAACAUCUAUGGUCUCUCUCAAAUAACUACCAGUCUUUUUAUUAGUAACUCUGCAGUAGCUAACGACAAGCUCACCUUGUCCAACAACCACAUCACCACGAUCAUCAAUGCCUCCGUAGAAGUAGCAAACACAUUCUUUGACGACAUUCAAUAUGUGCACGUGCCUGUGAGUGAUGCUCCUAAUUCUUACAUCUAUGACUUUUUCGACCCUAUAGCUGAUUACAUCCAUGCUGUGGAAGUAAGGAAUGGCCGUACGCUGUUGCACUGUGUCGCAGGAGUUAGCCGCUCGGCAGCUUUUUGCCUUGCCUAUCUCAUGAAAUACCACAACAUGACCCUGCUGGAUGCACACACAUGGACCAAGUCCUGCCGCCCGAUCAUCCGUCCCAACAGUGGCUUUUGGGAACAACUGAUUCACUACGAGUUCAAGCUGUUUAGUAAGAUUACUGUUCAAAUGAUCUACUCUCCUGUGGGUCUGAUCCCUAAUAUCUAUGAAAAGGAGGUGUUCUUCAUGUAAGCCACCCAUCCCUUCCCAUGAUUGGAUCCUACAUCAAGAUAAAAACAAUGACCUUGGACCUCUGGUUGGUUUAAAAAAAGAAGGGGAAAAAGACCUUGUGGAUGGUGUAGGAUAGGGAAGAGAAGGGAUUGGAAUUUCAAAUGAUCACAUCUUCAAAUAAAGUUGAAUGUAAAAUGGUAAA